GUAAAAGACACGUAAUAAAUAUACUCAUUACUCGAAUUUGGCUACCUAAUGAAAUACUAAAUUUCAACCAACUACCACUAAUAGCCAAAGAUUGUGAAAAGAUGUUUGGCAUUCUAAUAAAACUUUGGAGAUAUUGUCCUCAUUCUCUUUGAAAAGAUGCAACUUUUUUGUGCUUUCAUUGCUCCAUGUCAUAAGAAUGCUUUGUUUGGUCAAAGGGUUACCUCACACAUAUAAUGAAGAGCAGUAGAAGAUGAGCCAACCAAUCAGCAUGAUCUUCUGGUAGGUAGUUCAUAUUACUACAAUCGGGGUGGUAUUAUUAGCCUGUUUUCAUGGUUCUUAACGUACAUAUUUUCCAAUGAGCUUACACAUUCCGAACGCGAAAGUAAAAAACAAAUGCAUUGCCAAGGAACUCUGAUUGUCGAACAUUAUCCAUGUAUGAGGAAAGACAAAUAGUUUAUGCACACUACAUUAUUAUCCAUGACUGUUGAAUGACCACUACCUGCUCAUUGAAGCUUUUAUCUCUAAUACCAAAACCUCGCAACUGCAGCUAGCGAGAAAUGUCAAUAUUCCCUCAACCACAACAGUUUUCCAGGGAAAUAUUUAGUAAUGGCUAAUCCAAAAGAUAAUUGAACUCCCAACAUAUUGAUCUAAUCCAGAAUCGGGUCUUAACCAUUCAAUGACAAAAUUAAGGAGCAACUAUAAUAGAAAAAGGUAAAAGCAAAAGAAGAAAAUGCCACAGCACCAAGAAGGUACAACAGUAUCACCCAAAGGAGUGAAGGACAAUCAAUCUGCAGAUUCAAAUGUGCUUUCUUCUCUAUACAAAACCGAAAAUCGAAUAGAGAGGAGUUUUCUUCUGCUUACAUUUUCUUUGAGGGUGAUAUUUAGCCUGGACUCGGCCUCUACGUAGUCCUUGGUAUUUGAGACACUUUUUUCUACCAUUUUGAUAUGUAAGCUUUGGUAGUCAUUACAAUUUAGAACAACAAUCAUUGUAGGAAAUACAGCUCGAGUUUCAAAGCUACCGCCUUGGUUAGCUCUUCCACGACCUCUGCUUCCAUCUGGUCGUCCAUAAGCACUGGAAACAAACAAAAGCAAACUUUUGCCAGGUCAAACAAAUGAAAAACAGUCAAAGAAACAAAGCAAAUAGGAAUAGCGCCCAAAAUAGUGAGCAAAAGCUUCACAGACAAACGAACAUCAUAGACCGAACAAAUGACUGGUCAAAGAGGGUCCAAUUCCUUUGAAAACAGACAACAAGAGCUAUUUACUGGGAUCUAGUACCUAACCCUCCCUCUCCAAGCAGUGUACUUGAAAACAUUGAGCAAAACUCUGAAACUAGGGAAGAAGAUGAGAAGCAGAAUUCUGAAAAUCGAGUUCUAGAUGAAAAAUGACCGGACAUAAAUCACGUAUGUAUCUAGUUUGCCCUGUGAGAUUCGUCACCCAAUAGUUGCAGUUCGACAAUGGCUUCCUGAAAAAUCCCAAGAGAUAAAAAAGAAUGCAGGACUGGAAAGCAGUUCAACCAUGGCUUCCGAGAAAUUUUUUUUUAUCCAAUUUCAGUAGAUGGAGUAAGAAAGAAGUGCAACUCACCAACCCAUAACUCAACUCACCUUCUGCAGAAAGAUAAAGUUGAAAUUUAAGCUUUGAGCUUCUAAAUAUCCCAAUGUCUGCCUUUUCCAAACUAUAGAUUAGAUAGGAACGUUUAGCACUCAAGUCAAAACCUUCAAGUAGUAACAACAGUUUGAAGAUAACCUGUAUGUACUCCUGGUGAAGAGCGAUACAUAAAGAGAGAUAAAAAAAAGUGUCUCUUCCUCCUCCUCAUCGUCGUCAAUUUCAGCCACUCUUCAAGUGUGAAAAGAACUGACUUAGAUUGUGAAGUUGAAGUGCAUAAAACUGAAUUAUAAGUUCCAACCGUGAAAUUGCAGACUUGCAGUGCAUAAAAAUGAAUCAUCUGCUCUUGCAAGUCUCCAUGGAUGCAUUCCAACAAACAGCUUCCAUCAUUGUUGGUCAAACUCAAACCGAGUGCACACCUACAACAUUAAAGAUCAUGGAAGACCAUCACAUUAGUGAUAUUCAGUUGCACGUUUAACAAAUAGCUCCCGUUAAAGUGAGAGCAUUAACCGACAUAAACAUAUAUGUUCAUUGACUUGAAAAAUCUAUACACGCAAGCAUUUCACAUAGGUUAGCAGCCAUUAUACAUGCUGGAGCGUGUGUGCAUAUCAACUUUAAAACCAUCAAGCUCCUAGAAAGGCAGCUUUACAAAGCUUCUCAAGCCACUAUUCUACAUAAAUUUGUAACAUAUUGCUGCAAAUAGUAGUACCUGGCACUGCCCACUUUAGUUGGUAACGCUUAAAUCACUAAAUUAGCUACCACCUUUUGUCUCAAUCGUGAUAUUGCAGCAAGUUACGUUCAUGACAGCAAGUUGUAUGGCGCCUGUAGACAUCUUACACCAUUCCCAUGUCAAUCAUUUUUCAUGAAGUAGUAAAGACACAUGGAAACUAUGGAUUAACAAAAACAAAAGGCAAUAAGAAGGGAGGUGAUAGUCAAUAGUAAAUUUAAUUCAAUAACAAUCUAAAACUUCAUCAGAGGAAACACAUUACAGCAGCAUCCUUCUACAUCAAGUUGAAUGGACGUUUUAGUUUGCAUAAAGAAAAUACAUAUGAAAGUUUAUUUCGCAAGUAAAAAGUACACUAUAAGGUUGGUAGUGGAUCAUUGAAUGGCAAAUCACCAAUUGGUAAUGUGUUAACAAAAAUCUAACUAAUAACAUGAAUAGAGUAAGACUUAAUCAAUGACAUGAAUGUGACAGUCCAAGUGAGAUAGAAAAGGGACAAAUCUGGGUUUACCUAAGACAUAGAGGUACAGGAGUUACUUUAAACUAAAGUAUGCGUUGAUGCUGGUUUCAAAAGAAAAUCCUCCCCAUGAAUCGGGUUCUUUGCUGGAUCAAGGCACUGUAGUCAGUGAUGCUCAGGUAGCUACGAAGAAAGAAAUGAAAGGAGUUAUAUUGUAAUACCAACAGUGUAACCCAAAUGGGAUUGACUAAAGAACACAAAAUAGUAGCAUAAGGGUCGAAUAAUCAAAAUGCUCAUAGAACCACAUAAAUUAGCAAUCUGAAUCCCAUAAAAUUACCCUACAAUCGAAAUGACCACUACUAAAGCCUAAGAGAAACUUGAUACAAAAGCAAAUUGGGUCUUAAUCUUUAACAUAACAUUGGAACAUAUUUUACAUGGAACUCGCUCAUAAUGUUAGGAAAAGAGUACAUACAGAAAGGACGCCCUUCAGCCUAAGAAGCUCCCAAUUUGGUCAUCAAAAUCCAGAUUUGCUUGUUUAUAUUCUUCCAAAGUCCAGCUCUAAAAUGGUCACUGAAAAGGGAGAGGAGGCUCCAAAGACUAAAGCCAAGAUGAACAUUGGGGAAAAGAAGCAAGAAGGCUCUCAAAGUAAGAAAGUCAUGGCAUAAGGGAACAAGGGACAUAGUACCAACCUGCAGGUUGACGACCAGCAAACAUCUACGAGCAUGGCUAACCCAUCCAAACCAAAAAAUGGGAUGGGGAAAGAAAGAUCCAAGGAUGAAAGCAGGGACAUCAACCAAAAAUGAAGGAAAUGGCUAUGAAGAAUGGUAAACAAGGCAAAAGCCCUGACAUGAAGAACAAUCUGUCACCAAAAAAUGUGAAGCAUCCUCCCCGCAGAAUUAGUUUUGAAUCCAAGCAGGAAGAGAAAACACAGAAACCUGAAAAUGACAUCCAUGAUCCGAAAGCACAUUGCAGAGGAGAAGUGGAUGGGACGGCUAUGGCCUUGACCUUGUUUGAUUUCAACCCUGUGUUGAGGAAAGGGAAGCACUCUCUAAUCUGUAUUAUGAUUAAAGUCUUCUUUUGGAACUGCAGAGGUGCGAAGCAUCUCAAAUUUUGUCCUACCUUUGAUUUCUACAAGUCUACUCACAAACCAAAUAUUGUUUGUAUUGUUGAACCAAGAGUUAGUAGGAAGGAUGCCAUCGACAUCAUCUCAACUCUUGGUUUUGAUUCCUGUGAGAUCUCAGAUGCUUCUGGAUUUAGUGGAGGCAUCUGGGCGUUGUGGAAUAAGAGUGACGUCCAGAUGUCCAACACCGAGAUCCAUAAGCAGUUCAUACACCUGGACUGCUCAAUGUCAAGUGGAGAAUGUUGUGCUCUUACUGCUAUCUAUGCCAACCCGAAUGAGCAUGCAAGAAGAGAAUAUGGGAUGCUCUUCGUGGGAUCAAUAAUAGAAUCAGUGGCCUUUGGAUACUGUUUGGAGAUUUCAACUCCAUCACAAUACCAUCUGAUAAACAGGGAGGAGCCAGUUUCAGUUUUGCCAAAGUCAAACCCCUUGUCAGUUUCAUUGAUGACUGUGGACUCAUGGACCUUGGAUUCACGGGUCCUAGAUUCACAUGGUUCAAAGGUGGAUAUGGAGUUAGGGAGAGGCUCAAUAGAGGACUUUGCAACCUGGAAUGGACACAAAAGUACCCUCAAACCACUGUCUUUCACCUGAUCAAAAUGAAAUCGGACCACAGGCCGAUCCUGCUAUGCAACAAAAGCAUCCCAGCUUCAUCCAAAUUGGUGAGGCGCUUCCAAUUCCUUGUUCUUGGCUUGCUCAUGAUGAUUUUUUUUCCUUUGUUAAUUCUGAAUGGAAAAAUGGUCACCCCCUUCCUUGUGCUUUGCAGGACUUGUUCAGUAAACUCAAAGACUGGAACAAGGUCUUUGGUAUAUUCAGAAAGAAAAGAAGCUUGGCGAAUGAAUUGAAGUCCCUUGA